AUGACAUACCCGCAGAAAAUCGCUCUUGUGGUAGGAGCUUCUCGAGGGAUAGGCCGACAGAUCGCCAUUGACCUCGCGAAGAACAACUACAAAGUGGUCGUCGCCGCCAAAACCGUCUCAGACCCUUCCCCCUCCUCCCCCUUCCCACCAGACUCCAACUCACCCUCCUCAACCAUCAACACCGUAGCCCAAGAAAUCACGUCCCUCGGCUACACCGCCACCGCCAUCCCCGUUGAUACCAGAUCCUAUUCCAGCAUACAGUCCCUGGUCGACCAAACCAUAAAGCACUAUAAGCGCCUGGACGUGUUGAUAUACAAUUCUGGUGCUAUAUGGUGGGCAUCCGUGGAAAAUACGCCUAUGAAGCGGUUCCAGCUCAUGCAAAAGGUCAAUGCGGAGGGACUUUAUGGAUGUGUGCAGGCUUGUCUACCUUGUUUUGCGGAGAGUGAAUGGCAGGGAAGGAUUGUGGUUGUUUGUCCGCCGAUAUACGAGAGGUUUUUCAGGGGAAAGACUGCGUAUGCUAUGGGGAAGGUUGGGAUGAGUGUACUGGUUAAGGGGCUGGCCAUGGAUUUCAAAAGGGAGGGAAAGACUGGAAUGGCUGUGACGGGUAUCUGGCCUGCUUCUGCGAUUGAAUCCGCGGCUACUGCUCAAAUCACAGCCAGAGAUGCCUCCGAGGCGAAAGACCUUCGGAAGCCGACCAUCUUCUCAGACGCAAUCCUCGCCAUGCUCAACGCUCCAACAUCAACCGUCAACGGACUGCUCGACCUCGACGAAGACUUCCUCCGCAUACAUCUCGGCGUCGAAGAUUUUUCGAAGUAUUCAGUCGUCGAAGGCGCUACACCGCGGAGGAUAAUGCCCAAACGGUUUCCAGAUCUCCGGGUCGAUGAGCAUGAUGACGAGGGUAAAAGGGUGGACAGUGCGCAGCUUAGAGAGGGCAAGCUUUGA